CGUUCGCUCUGCGUAGUGGAUCUUAACACACCUCUAAAAGUGUGUGGCUGUAGCUUUUACGUCACGCCAGGGAAACGAUAAAAAGACACGCGUGUCGUUCGUCCUUAAAAGCUCCAGGAGAUGCUGGUUGGUCUGCUCGUUGAAACCAUAUACGGAGUAAAACAACAUCCUCGAAGGCAAAACACUCUUUCGCUUUGGAGUGUUUAAUUCUUACAUUCUGACACGCACUUCAGUCUCCAUUGAACAAAGCGCCGUUAUUUCAUUGACUUUGACAAUGUGCGCGUGCGGGCGCGCGCUCUGAAGAAGACCAUCAGAAGAGCUCGAUAUCUUGAAGUAUCGGAUACCUUUAACUUUAUAAAGUCGACAGCUCACUCCAUUCUGGAAGCAUUUUUAGCCAUAGCUAUGGUGAACAGCCAGGUUACAGGCGGAGCGUGUGUGUCCAGAUCUUGCGCGGGCUGUGGGGGUCAUAUCGCUGACCGCUUCCUGCUCUUCUCCAUGGAUCGCUACUGGCACACGCGCUGCCUCAAGUGCUCAUGCUGUCAGGCUCAGCUGGGUGAUAUCGGCACCACCUGCUACAGUAAAGGAGGCAUGAUCCUCUGCAGAACAGACUACAUCAGAUUGUUUGGGCACACGGGUGCUUGCAGCGCAUGCGGUCAGUCCAUUCCUGCUAGUGAGAUGGUCAUGCGAGCACAAGGCAACGUCUAUCACCUCAAGUGCUUCUCCUGUGCAACGUGCAGAAACCAGCUGGUCCCUGGUGACCGCUUUCACUAUGUAAACGGCACCAUAUUUUGCGAACACGACCGACCAGGAGCGGCUCUACUUAAUACUCACCUGCAGAACAACCCAGUGCUCGCAGACCAAAAAGUUUGCUGAAGGGUCUCUUUCUCCCUCGGUUCACUUCCUCCUCAGAGGCCCUUCAGUGUCUGACGCCAUUCAACGGCACACAUUUCUCCUUUGAUGCACUUACAUUUUUACAGCUCAAAUUUACAGAAGGUACUGACAUUGAGAAUGGGCUGCAAAAGUAAUGGAAAACUUUCUAAAUAUCUGAUUUUACAUCUAACUCCUUUCGGCCAGCCUGAUGUUAAGUGUGGUGGACUCUGCAUUACCUCUCAUGAUAAGAUAUAUUGAGGCCUUGUCUCUCCCCUCACAUCUGACUGCAGAAGUAACGCAUAUCUGUUCUCACAGGAUAUCCUGCCUGACUAACCUCAUAGAGGCAUCAUUUUAAAGCAGUUGCAUUUUACACAAUGCAUAGUAUACACAAGUCAACAUGCUACCUAUUGAGUGAAACAGGAUAUGAGUAGUUGACAAAUAAAUUGAACAUGUGUCCUAUGGUGUGAUAUAGCCAAAUUUAGAGUAUAAACUGUUAAUAUUACAUUGUUUUAUAAUAUCUAUAUUUAUUAUUUAUAUGUAUCAUAUAAAAUAGCGUAAGAGUGAUUUAUCUUCAUUGUUAGUUUUUCCUACAUUUUUGCGAUCACACCAUAUGAUAAAUUUGCAUAUUAGUGUGUCAUACCCAUAUACAGGAAAAAGUCCAUUUGACUGGCUUUGAUAAUACAUGGAUCUAGCAACGACAAGGUCAUGGACUCAAAGAUAACACAUACUGAAAAUAUUUAUAUCUUGAAUUUACUGCAAGUGGCAUUGGAUAAAAGCAUCAGAAAAUGCAUAAAUGUAAAAGUGGGCGUUACAUACCGAAAUAGAGUCAGGUGGCUAGAGGGGAGAGGAUAAAAAGUGAGAGGUAUUGUGGCAUCAGCCAAUAUUUUGUAUUAAUUUGUGUCUAUUUAAUCAGGGUUUUAAAAGAAAAGUGAGAGUUAUUAUGGUAUUCGACAAAAAGGAAAAUCAAUUCAGAGGCCGAAAGACGUAAUUACAUUUAAUGACGUUUUUCUAUUACGAUAAGACCAGAAAUGUGUAUUUUUAUCAUUAUGAUUUUAUUACGAGUCGUUAUGUUGACUUUAACGUUUUGUCAAAAACAGAAUUAAUGAAAAACACAUCUUUUUGGCGUCAUUCAGGGUGUAGAACUGUAAAUAGUUUUUAUACGCAUACUCUCUGUAACGGCCGAAUUAUCUGCACAACAUGUGAUGUCUAUUUAAGGUGUAAUUAUCUAAUAAAUGAAAAAUACAACAAA